AUGUCUGAAAGUAUUGAAACCAGCCCGAUAGCACAUCGAACUUUUAUUCUCAACGAUGCCCUGUUAAAACUGCCAAUCGAGGAAUCUUUCAAAAAGUUUUGCGAUGCUUUUGGUGAUGAGCUCAUGGAAUAUAGAGAGUUUGAGCUCUGGUUCUAUCGAUUUUACAAUGGGAAUUUGGAUUUGAACUAUGAUAUGAGCCAAGAACCUAAAACUCCAUUGUUACAAGACAUGCCUCUGGAAAUGAUUGAAGAAAUAAUGGAGCACGUGAAUUUGUUUGACAGGGUCGCCCUUCGUAACACCUCUCAGCUGUUCCGCCAGAUUUCCGAUAAACAAUUUGGCAAUACAGCUGGCAUAGUUAUUUCCAUAUUGGAUUAUUCUUUUACGACCGCACGGUUCGAGCAAACAUCUAGCUUUUAUGAGAUAAAAUGUGAGGAAAAGGAAACCAAAAAUUGUAUACUGACUUCUACAUCUCACAAAGGCGAUACAAUGGAAAGCUAUAUUGAAGGAACUUUCCAAGUGCAUGUAGCAUUGAGCACAAUGUCUCGCUAUCCACAAACAUCAUCCCAGACAAAUGGAAGAAGGCAAACGCGAUCAUGAUACCGAAACCUAAAAAGGACCCUGCAAUUGCCAGCUCAUAUAGACCGAUCUCCUUGCUCUCUCCGAUUGCAAAGCUCCUCGAAAAAGCCAUCCUGAAGCGGAUCAAGAACAGCAUUGAAUCGCCAGCUCAUCAACAUGGAUUCAAACCUGAGCACUCGACAACCACAGCGGUGAUCCAAGUAACAAACGACAUAAUCGGAGGCCUAAACAUGAAGAAUCCACCGGAACGUGCGAUAAUGGCCUGUCUCGAUCUGCGCGCCGCAUUUGACAAAGUCCCGACGAAGAAACUAUGCAAUGACCUGAUGGAAGCCCAAGGCAUCGAACCGAAGAUCAAACUCUGGCUCGGAAAUUACCUUCACAAGAGAAUGAUCAGAACAAAUCACUACAACCAUUGGUCAAAAUGGCAUACACUCCUGGGAGGAGUCCCGCAAGGUUCAGUCAUCAGCCCAAACUUGUUCACCUUUUAUUUGAAAGACAUGCCGAUUCAACAAGACACAAUGCUGAUCUCAUACGCGGACGAUACGUCAAUCAUUGCCAGAGACAAGAAGAUUGAAAAAGCAGCCGGAAAGGUUCAGCUACACAUCGACGAAAUUGCCAAAUACCUCAAAGAACGUGGAAUGUCCAUCUCCGCCGAAAAGUCAACAGUCACAGUUUUCUCAUGUGAUCCAAAGGAGCACAAAACCAAGCCAGACAUCUACUGGAUGGACGAUCCAAUCCCAGUGACUAACGCCCCAAAACUCCUGGGUAUCACACUGAACACUAUGACCGGAACAAAAGAUCACGUUGGAAAUGUCAUCAAAAGCAUGCAGAACAAAACAAGAGUGAUAAAAUCGAUGGCCGGAACGAACUGGGGAAACGAUCGCGAAACGAUGCUGUACACGACGCAAGCCCUAAUCAAACCAACUGCUUUAUAUGGAGCACCAGCUUGGACUUCACUGCUCUCGGAUACGAAUCUCGAAAAACUCGAAAUCGCGUACAGGAGUGCACUCAGAGCCUGUGUUGGACUAACGAAGGACACACCGACGGACCACAUCUACCAAGAGUGCAGAGUUCUCCCUUUGAAAGAGGAAUAUAAGCUGGCGACGCAACAGAUGUACUUGGCGGCGAUCAAGUCGAACACGCACCCGUGCAGAGACCUGAAAGCAAAGCGCCAACUGGAACGAACCUCAAAGCCGCCUAGGAUCCCGCCGCUGAAGCUAUCGGACUCUGAAAAGCUCAGACUCGACAACAUCCCAGGCGACAAGACGGAGGCCCAAAAGAAGAAUCACACGAAGCUGGUAGCGGACUUCAUCAGGAAUGCGCCAAACAACAAAAUCCUCAACAAACCUCCACCAAGAGUGAACUACAGGGACGAAAGGACGCUGCCAAAGGAGACUCGAUGUGAAUUGGCACGGCUAAGAUGCGGUCACUCACUCCUCGUUGAGAAGUACAAAGCCCGGCUGGAAGAAAGGCAAAUAAAGAAAUGUUUGAAUUGUGGAGAUGAAGAAGGAGAUGUGCAACACCUACUAAGUUGCCUCCAAACUCCAGUCCCCCUAGAGGAACUCUGGACUUCUCCACUCACGGUGGCGGCGGCCUUAGGGCUCCCCACAAAAACUCCAUACGACCCUGGAGGAGGUCAUUAGCUAUGCGAGACAUGGCUGGCUGCGGUGCAGCCAUUGUUGUUGCACAACAACAACAACAACAACAACAUGUAGCAUUGAGAUGCAUAGCAAGAGUCUUGUCAGAUCCUACUCUGGACUUGCAGAAGUUGACAAUAAAGUUCGAUGAUGAUGAAUAUGAAGAGUCUCGUGUCUGCAUGAAUACUCUAGUGGAUUUUCUAUACAAGUGUCGUCCACGUGUACGGAGUCUUCAUGCAGAUCGUAUUGAUGGCUUUAUUGCCUAUGACAUUCUGGAUUGUUUGGAAGAAGUGACAGAUAUCAGUCUAGAUCUGUACCAACCUUACCUAGAAGGAAUGAGACGCGUUACGGACGGAAUGGAGGACCUUUUUGAGCUUGAUCAGUGGAAAAACGCAAAGACUGCUCAUAUAGAGUCUACAAAAUAUUUCAGAACGGAAAUUGAACAUUUUCUUCAUUUCGAAUCCAUAAGUGUAAAUGUAAAGUGGUUUUCUGUGGAUGACGCGAAUAAGGUGAAGAAGGUCCUCGACAGCUCUUCUAACUUCAAAUCAGGAAUCUUUGAAGUUAAAUAUUGCAAUCCUCUCGAAAUAGCCCAAGUAUUUGAUCCAAGUUAUGCAGGCGACACCAGCGGUUCACUCAUUUAUAAAUCUUCCGUUGGAGAAUUCAAAAUUGAUUUUUCGGAGGAAAAAAUUAGUUUUCAGCGACAAUAG